AACUAUAAAAGCAUGGAGAUGCGUUGUAAUUGAAAUCAGUCUCGAAUUAGCGUUUAUCACAGCCUGACCUAGUCCUCGUCUGCCACCGUUGCCGUUGAGAAAGCCAACUCCAGCCGAAAUGUUCAAGCUGAUCAUCAUCUCCUCCCUUGUGGCGCUUGCCGCAGCCCAAAACCCACAGGAUGCGCAGGCCCAAAUCCUGGCCCAGGACUCGUCCAUCAACCCCGACGGUUCGUACCAGUACCGCUACGAAACCAGCAACGGUAUCGCUGCGCAGGAAGCCGGCGUCGGUGGACAGUCCGCCCAGGGAAGCUACUCCUUCACCGGCCAGGAUGGCGUUCAGUACUCCUUGACCUAUGUCGCUGAUUCCAACGGAUUCCAGCCCCAGGGUGCCCAUCUGCCCGUCGAUGUGCCCGCCCCGGAACAUGUCCUCAAGGGUCUGGAGCUGAUCCGUGCCAACCCACCACGAGAUGAUCCCAACUUCAGCUUGGACGCUUUGAACGCUGCCAUCGCACGGCUGAGCGGCAAGAAGUAAGCUGGUCGUGGGUGCCCAUUCGAUCGGUUUAUUUUGGAAAGAUAUAAAACAAAGCACACAAACGAUCAUCCUGAGCAAAUACUCCCGAGAAAUGAAACGUGAUUCUGCUAACUCAAAUUUCACAAUCUAUUGUAAAUAGCGUUUUACCUUGAUUGCUUCGCGUUAAUGAUGCAUUUCUCUAUUAUGCGAUAUUCAUCAAAAUUUAGUCCUAUUUUUAUUUAGCUCUAAACGUAACGAUUGUUCAUAAGCGAGACUAGUGAUUUUUUUUUUGCUGUAGGUAUCAUGUUCAUUGUAUUUUACAUAAAACAGUGCGUCAUCGUAAGUCGUUAAAUAAAGCGGAAAGAAUUGAUUUUGUAAGAAAAAAACUA